CGGUGGCAAUCCUCUUAUACCAUACGAUUGUCAUUUGUUGGCUGUGGCUAGCAAAAGAGCGAAAGUUGCCUUCGAUCCGAGAAGAAUAAUUCGCCUUCAGUUGUUUCAGUGCCGAAUAAUCGACGUUUCAGUGCAUGCUGGGAUAUGCGGCGUUGCGUCUGAAGUGAUUAUAGUGAGCUCUGACUGUACAGUUUUGGACUCACGAGUGACACAGUGUUGUGUUUCUAACGGCUGGAACGCGGGCGCCGGUUAACUUUUGACUUUCUUAGAGACAUCCAGGAGAUAUCGAUGAGCAGUAUGGCGAGAAUCCUUAUUUUAUUCAUAUGCACAACACUAGCCUUAACACAAGCGUUACCAACUCAACCGGAGCUCAUCACACAACCACAACCAGGCGAAGAAUAUGUCUUCGUCCAAUCCUCAAGUAGCGAUGCAAAACCAAUUAAAAGAAACGAAAAACCGAUACAAGAACAAAAAGAAUUCGAAACUGCUCACAAACUGCCUGCUUCAUUGACUUACGCUUUAGAAAAAGAAGAAAGCGAAGAAGAUAACACCAAAGUUAAAACAUCGAAUGACGAUAAGAAGAUUCAUAAAAGAGAGGCUCAGAAGGCUCCCGCUCCUCCACCACCUGGAGCUACAAAAAUCGACGUCAAAGCGUUGUUAGCUAAAUACCAAAUCGUAAGUUCCACCACAAGCACUUCCAGACCGUCAACCACAACAACGAAGAAAAAUCAACGCCGCAGGGGAAGCAAGAGGGUGAAAAAAGAAGCAAAACCCGAAAAUCUAGAAGUUACCAGCUCUAGUCCGAUUUUGACCACAGGAAAAUCAUUACCAAGAGCUGCUCUCGAUGAUAUUCCUUUGGUCGGUGCUGCCAGUGAUAAACAGAGAUCGAGGAUUCAAAUCAAAAAAGGUCCCAAUGGACAAGAAUAUGAAUACGAAUACGUUUAUUAUUAUUACGAUGAUGAUGAUCCUAAAGACAAACCGAUAACUAAUGCCCACGAUGGUCCAGCCAGAAACCAAAUCCCCACUGGUGAUAAGAAACCUGUACCAGAGAGCAAUGAAGUUCUUCCUUCGAGAGCCAGUAAAAACAGAGGCAGGCAGUUGGGUGAAGAUGACACUGUCAACGAAGAACGAUUACCAGCAAAUACCAGAUUUCCACCUAGAAGCAGAAACUUGAAUACCACUCCCCUGCCAGAGGAGGAAAUAAAGCCGGUGACCAGAGGCCGAGGAAGAGGAAGGCCAGCCGGCGAGGCUGUCAGUGAGGCCGACAGUGUUACAGACGAAACUCAGGGUUCAAGAGGCCGAACUCGAGCUAACGUUCACAGGGUAAAUUUGGAUUUGAUCGACAGCGACUCGUUUAACACCCACAGCGGCGGUCCUGGACAGGGAAAACAACCAUCUUUUCCACAAGAACUUCCAGAAGGCCCGGCUCAAGAACCAGUAAAGCAACCGGCGCCACCAGUAGACGAAGAAGUCGAUGAAAGUUCAGACAAAGACAGUACUACAUCUUCGGUAGAUCCUACCACCACUGCUAUGUCAUCGAUGGAUAAAGUAGCUCUAGAUUUGUAUGCCAUUUCACAAGGAACUCAGAAAUUAUUUGGUGAAGAAGGUGAAGCAAAUACAGAAGACGGUAAAACUGGAUCUACGGAAGAUGCUACAGCAGAAGAUUCUACAGAAUUCGAAACCACUUCAACUACAACGACUACUACAACUACCACAACCACAACUACGACUACAACGACCCCUCCACCUCCUCCUUCCACGGAACCACCAUCAACCGUAGGUAGAAGCAAAUUUGGAUCCGGCAGACGAGUUCCAAAUGGAAGGAAAACUACUGCUCAUACCAGUAGUACGACAGAAGCGUCAUCAUCUGAGCCCAAAAAGAAAUUCGGCAGACCGAGUUUCGGUGGAAGGUCCAGAACUAGAACUACACCUGCACCUGCUGCGGAAGAAGAAGCUCAUGAGGAAGAAGCUAAGCCAGUUGGUCAAUCAAGGCCAACAUUGAGUCGUUCCCGUUUUGGAGCUUCCAGACCAAGAGGCAGAACCACAGCUGCGCCCUCCGAAGAGCCAAAAGAAGAAUCAGCAAGUAGUGCUGCUCCUUCAAGUAGAGCUUCCCUACCACGUGCUCGACCAAACUUUGGUUCAUCAAGAACUCGAGGUAGAACCACUGCAUCUCCAUCAACUGAAAGUGAGAGCGAUGUAUCUGGAUCAACUGCAGAAGCAAGCACAACAGUGAGAUCGCGAAGAAUUAAUGGAGUAAGACCAUUGAGGCCAGGACCCAGAUUGAAUAUCGGAACUAGAGGAAGAACCACAAGUACUGAGCCACCUGUAGAGGACCACGUAACUGGAGAUGAAGAGCCAGAGGCUAGUGAACCGGAGAUUAAAGAAAAGGAAGAAACUCCAGCUCCAGUAGAUAACUCUCCGCUCGGACGUCUACGUAACAAAAGUCGAUUGACACCCCAAGCGCGCCAAAAAACAGCGGCCAGCGCUCCGGUUCAAGUGCGUAGAAUCAACCCACUGUUGAACCGCAAACGACCUGGCCAUACAACGGAAGCGACAUCUAGCGAAGCCCCUGUCGAAUCGCCUUCGACGGAAGAAGCAGCCGAAGCUGAUACUUCUGCCGAAGAAGAAGAGACAGAAGCUGCCGCGCCUAGUUCUACUACAACCGAGGAGCCGAAAGGAUUAAAUAAAUUGUUGGCGGGUAGAAGGAGGUUGGCAGCAAGGACUCCCGGAACGCUGGCUGGUAAAGCAUAAAUGGGAGAUCAUAGAGACUGCUUUAGUAUUUCACUGAAUGUUAAUUUUUAAUUGUUACGUAACUAAUUGUGUUGUUUCGAUGUUUUUAGUUUCACCAUUUUUUUAUACUUACUGUUUUAUUUUUCAAAAUUUGACUGCAGCCAAGACCAAAAUGGACAAAUAGAAUAAACAAUGAUUUUUUUGGUUAUUGUCACAAACUUCCUGCCUUAUGUUGUGUGGCAGUUUCUUAGAAUUGUUUGAUACAAUUUUAUUCUUUUAACCUUAAAAGUUUCCCCAUUUAAAUAAAUCUAAUUUUACAUCUUCUUUACGUUUAAGAACAUCUGUAAUAUUAGUGUCCAACAAAAAAUCUUCACCACAUUAAAAAAAAGGUUCACUUUUUUUAUUCUAAAAAAGUUGAUGCAUGGUAUAAAACUGAAAAAGCAAUAAGACAGCAAUAAGAUAUUCUUUUUGACGGAGGGAUCCUUAGAAGACAAUCUCUACAGGUUGUUGAAGCAUAUUUAUGACAAUGAGAGAUGUAGAUCAUUCCAAUAGUUAUUUAUUGAAAAAAUAAAAAAUAAUUUCAAUAUCACAUAAAAAGUUUAUUACAAAAAAUAAAGGGGUAACAUUAGGACUAUAACAAAAAUUCAUAAGAUAACUGUAAUUGUGACAAAGAACUUAAAAGUUAACACUUUGAUUUAUUUUAAAUGAUUGAUGUAUUUUUAUUUUUAUUAGGACAUCUAUAUGAUUUGUUUUCAACUAUCUACAGUUAAGUCUCUAUACACUGUAUCGUAAAAUGUUGAUGUACCCUCUAGAGAUAAAAACGUAAACGUAAAGUAAAUGCUAAAAAUGUUAACGGAAGAUGUGCUAAAUAUCUAGCUGUUCCUAAAAUAUUGUUUAUGACAAAUAGUGAAUAAAAUAUCUGUUGCAUGCCUACGUUUGUAGUAAAUUUGACAGGUAGAGAACUUAUUUUUUCAAUUAAAACAAAUUUAUAAAAAAAAAUAUAUGUAUUUUGUAAUAGUACAACAAAAUGUCAUAUUUAAAUUAAAAGCUAAUUCUGUAAAUAUAUAUACGUAAGAUUUAUUACAAGUUAAUAUGCUUUUUUAGAUAAUCGAUUAUCUUAUUUUUAUAUAAUUUUAUUUUCCCACUUUUUUUAAAUGUGCAGGCCACAAACGUGCCAAUAUUUUAGCGAUAGCGAUAUAGAUUUGUAACUUAUUAAAAAUAGGACUUUUUUUCAUUUGUACAUAAAUAAAAAUUGGUUUUUAU